GCUGCUCCCUCGUGAGGCUGCAGGUAGUUUUCCUUUAUUCGUCGCUGCACAUUUUUUGGGGAGAAUUUGAGACAGAUUUUUAGGUAAAAAUGUGCAGUGAAAUAUACAUGCAUACUUUUUGCCCUUGUGCGUUUGAGUGAUUUUAAAGACAGGAGAGGUGACAGCGUCUUGUUUUCUUCGAAUAAAAGGAAAUACAUAAUUUGAUCUAAUAGCUCAACUCUCUCAAGACGAGGCCUGUGUGACUCAAGUUGUUUAAGAUUGAGGAGGAUCUCACAUUGUCAUUUGGAUAACGUGGUGCAGUUCAGUUGUGAUUACCCAUCAUUAUCUUCAUUGUUGUGGGUUAUUGUUACAAUAAUAAGUGACACACUUGUGAUAAGUGUUAUUAUCUAUCGGUCUUGGUGCCUGGACUCUGAAGGGGAGAGUAUGCAGAAGAAAAGCUCAUAUUGACUCCUUCAAUCUGUUGUUGAGAUGACUUGAUUGUUACCUUGUGUCCCUCUUGACUUUUGAUUGAAGUUUCUAUUCACUGCAGAGAAACAACCUUUAAAAUGGCUCAAGCACAUUAGUAGUUUUAUUAAAUAUUUGUGUAAACAAAAAUACUUGAGAACAUAAAGUCUGUGCUGGUGAAGGUUGAACUUGAGUUUUUUUUCACCUACAAAGUGCUUUGCUUUGGUUAAGCUAAAUAAUUUGAUAAUUUACGAUUUAAAUGCAGUUCCUCUAACCAAAAGGAGAAUAUUACUUGUAAUAUUAGCAUUGUCGAGGAUUCGAGUUUGUUUGUUCAUGAUUUCAUGAGAGUGGCCUCCUCCCCAUUAUUAUACGAAGCACUAGACACGUGUAGUAGUGCUCGACGUUAUUAUUAUUAUUUACUUUUCUCCAUCCACCUUACCACCACUAUUUUGCUGACAAUGAGAUGAAUGUGAUAGGCAGGUUGGAUGGAUGGAUGGGAUCAGCAUUAAAUUAUUGGUCUUCUCUCACUCUUUGUUUCCUUCAAUCGUGGGAUCCAUGAUUCAGAUUCAGAUCACUGUCUUUUCUGGGGUGUCAACUGGUUCACAUUGUGUGCUGAGAUUUGGAGAGGCGAGCACCGAAUGCUCUCCUAAAUAGAAAUGGAUUGCUGAAUUUAAAAAAUGGAAAAGUAUUGUGUAGCACCACCCCGUGAAAUCUGCAAGUUUGUCUACCAGAGAAACUCUUAAAUACAGUUCUGUUAAAUAGUCAAGGCGAGACAAUAAGGUAAACAAAACCAGCCGUGCUGUUUUGUUUAAACAUAAACGAUCAAGCAAGAAGAAGAGACAUCAAUAAAGAAGAAUCUUGAAGAAAAAGUGAGUCAAAUAACUCGAGACUCUGCGCUGCGCCCAACCAACAGUUUUUGUGUGGUCUUGAGACUUCAUCAUUAUUAAGCGAGUGCAAAAAAAAAUAUUUUACAACUAUAUAACUCAUCAACGUAUAAUAAAAACGCCGCUUUUGAAUAUAAUUCGGAAGCAAAACUACUAAGACAAAGGUUUAACACGAGUCUUGGCAAACUUUUGAGAUUUUUACCACCGUUGAUUCCCAAGUGGUGGUCAUUAUACGUAUUUUAUUCAUACUUCUCGAUCCUCGUGUUGAUCAAGUUGCAACUGGGCUUGAACUGAUUGGAUUUGCAUUCUAGUCCUCCUCGAGUGAUUGAGCUGCUCCUCAUCAGUCCUCAUCAAUAAUCUCCUUCGAAAUCUCUCGGUUAUCACUCCGUGAUCUCAAGAUGAAGCCAGGCCACGCCGAGUUCAAUUUUGCAGCAGUUAAGGAACAGGAAGUUAAUAGGAUGCGUGUUAUCUUUCUGAUUCAAUAAGACAACCGCGGAUCGGCCGACCAAGUUACGUAAAUUCUACAAAGGAAAUAAAUACAGAAGAAAAAGCCGAAAAGGGUUUGGAUUUUUUUGCAUGAAGGGAUUCAGAAAGAAUUCAUGCACAUAUGUACGUAUCACCGGAAGUGUAAAAUCCCAGAAAGUUAUAACAAAAGGAAGAUAGUAUUCACAACUCUUCUUUUCGGCAUCCUUUGUCAUACCACAAUAAAAAAGAUUCUGAAACAAAGUACCACACACCCAUGAGAUAAACGGAUCAUUGGUUCUUCGCAUUCCAUAAAAUUGAACCAACAGCCUUGUAGUCAUACAAAAUUUGUGAAAACGUCAAAAGAGAUGCGACACAGCUACUCGCUCGGAAUGAGUGAUGUUGAUGCCUGAAAUCAAAACGUGAAGCGACUUCUAAUUCAGUCAAUUGUUUAUCCCAUUUGACACCAUUGUUAUUGUUGGUGGGAGACUGUUAGAAAAAAAAGUGAUUCAUUCACCCAUUGAAAUUAACGACAUAUUACACACUACACCAAGCAGUCGAAUCCUGAUCUUGUAAUGACGAGCGAUGCGACAAUGAAAAACCACAAAUUACUGAAAUAAAAUACUUGCCACACCAUCUCUUUCAAUAAUGAAAUGUGCCCUUAAUGGAAUAAGUUACAGUUUUAUUACGGUCCACUUAACAAAGUCAAGUGCUCGCAGUUAAUGAAUAUUUACAUGUCACGGUGUUGGCAAAUUGAAUAUUUUAUUGGAUCGCAUCUCUCCAUCACCCAUUGUAAUUGCUCAAAGGAUAAGUUUUGUGUUUUAAUGACCAACUUACAAAAGAAUUGAAAAAUCGAGAAGAAAUAAGUAACAAAAGUCAAACCCCGUGGAACUGGUCCAACAACUGAAAUAUUAUCAUGCUUCGUAUGUGUGCAGGUUUAUCCUAUGUGUGUGCAUACCCUCUAGACUGGUUGGCUGCAAUGGUCCCCCAGCCAUUUAUUUUAUUACAUAUUACAAUCAAAUUAAAUUGAGUGAGUGGCAUGUCUCAGAAAUCAAAAGGAGGUGAUAAUGUUAUGAGAUGUUCUGCAAAAUCUGUUCCGUCCACUAUUCUUGCAUAAUAAUUCCUGCACGCUAAUAAAUGCGUGAAUUAUACAUAAAAUUGGUCUGGUCAACAAUCCACCUACUUUCUGGUUACUUCUACGUACACACUGCCCAACCUGUCCUGUGCGAUAAAUAAUCUCAGUUUGAUCGCCAUUAUCACCAAUGAAAUAUGGGGUCAUCGUAAAUAACAAAUUACAAUAAUUAACAACAAUAAUCGAAGGAGACAAUUAAAGGUGACUUCUCAUCAAAAAAAUGUAUACCACGCCACGAAAGGUGAAACAGGAGUCGAGGCUGAGAAGAUCUCUGUCUUUGACAAAUGCGAAUCAAAGAUUAAAUGGUGGGCUUGCACCAACAAUGUCGACAGCGAACGGGGACGACUACUGUUCUGGAGAAUAUCACCGCCACCUUCACGACAUUGAAGAAUCCAAAGAUUCCAACACGUACUUUCCAUUCAACGGUAAUUUGAACCUGAACAGCCAGAGAAGUCGGUAUUCCUAUACGAACGGGGACGCUGAGGAGUUGACCUUUGACUCUGCGGCUAUUCCUGACUUGGUCGAUUGCUCAUCAUCAAACUCGGGAGACAACUCAAUUGUUGUCAAUAAUCAUAGUUCCUCCAACCAUUACCCUCCUCAGCAGAAUCCACACUACGCUCCACCACCAUACAGAGUUCCCCCACCGGGAGAAAUCGGCUUUGGGCAAGCCUCAGAGGAUCUGAGGUCCGAUCCGCUGCUCGUCGUGACCCCAUCCGACCCUCAUCACCAAGGGGUGCCCGACUCACCCAUUAGCCUAAAUUCGCUUCAGAUUCACUCGUCAAAGUUCCCCAUUGUUAAAGAAGUGGUCAUCUCUACGACUCAACCCGUCAACAGUAAUCCAAAUAGCAGUUCUAAUCAGCAAUGGCAACCACGUCACCAUUCAACAGGUGACCUCAAGGUUCCCGUCCCUGUCCUCUCUCCAGAGUACAUUAAAAAAUUCCAGAAUAAAAAACUCUCUAAGAAGCAACAAAUUGAGUGGACUGACGAAAGAAAAGCUUUCACGUUGGAUAGUAACACAGCCAAAGAUAUUCAGCAGAGAUUGGCAAGUUAUCCAAUAACGAAGGCGAGCAGUGCGGAUUUGGGAAAGGCGAUACAGGACUUCAAUGCGGAACAGACUCGACUAAUGUCAUCAAUGCAAGGAGCUCGGCGUCUGAACGGCGUAGAUAACCCAGCCCUUGAUCUAGGAGGAUCCAAUGGCCAAAUCCACCAACAGCACCCAUCCUCAUCAUCUCUAAGUUUUUCUGCUAACGGUGGAAGCAAGAUGGCAUCGUAUAAUUAUCCGGAUUCGUCCACCUCACAAAGUCAAAGUCUUUCCUCGUCAAACACGGACAGCCUCGACACUGUGAUUUAUAAAGGACCCCCACAGUCUACACCCUCGAUAAGGGAUUGGCAAAGAUCCAUGGAGUCAAAUGGAGAGUUUCACAAUGCGUACCAUCGUGACACCACCGGAAUGCACGCUUCGUAUCAAAUGCAACAGCAGCAACAGCAUCCCUCUUCGUCCUACACGACGCAAAUGCAACAGCAGAAGCAGCAGUACACGAGCAACAAUGGGUUGCAGGGGCCACUUCCAACAGCAACUGGUGGAAGUAAUAGCAGUGGGUAUGCUAUCGAAUACCGACACUCUCAGCAGCAACACCAAGUUCAACAAAACUUAUCCCAGUUAUCAGUUCACUCAAUCCCGUCCAGUUCUACCGGAAACGGAGGGGUUCUUCACAAUAACGUCAGGUCCGGAAGUGGAUCGUACGGGUCCAACCCUCAACUCGCAGCAAAAAGUCCCAUGUUAAGUCACAAGCAGUUCUCCACCGCAAUAACUGGUCAACAGCAGCAACAGCAACAAUUGGACCAGAGAGACCCUGGCAGCAGAGGAGUCACUUUUGGAACUGCAGUGACGACCACUGCCUCAACCGAUCCGAUGUUGCUUGACAAGUCGAAAGAUUCCAAAUUAUUUCCUUCCAAAACAUAUAACCACAUUAAAGAUAUGAUAUCGUCACGAUUCGGUGGUGCGACGACGGGUAUUAGUAAUCCAAAUAAUCAUAGCAGCAACAAUAAGGGUCUCAAUAAUGUGGUGAACGGUGGUGUUAAUAAUAAUACGGUGGUUCCUGGAAGUGAUCAAAAUACAGCCAAUUCUUAUAUUGAUCUUACAAUGGGAGUUCCAGCGUCUUAUCCGAACAAUAACGUAGCUCCCACCGGUAGUGGAAUGAACGGACAUAGUUCCUACAAUGGGAUGAUGAUGAACCGGAACAACAAUAACGGACCCUCCUCUGCGCACUACCCUCAGCAGGUUUCAGGAAAUAGUUCUGCAAAUAAUAUGCCCCCUCCCAACUCUUAUCGAAGUCCGAACAUGAACGACAGGAAAAACGUUAACACGAGUUUUCGUAAAGCGAUUCAGCAAAGUACGUUGAAGUCCAAUUUGACGGAAGACUCGUUACAGCUGAGACCGAUACACGAGGCCCAGCAACUAAGUUAUAAUAGUGGAAAUAAUAAUAAUGGGAUGCAGCAAUUUUCUUCUGGGAACAAUGGUGGGAACCAACAACAGAAAGAGAUUGUGGUUGUUCAGGAAAGGGCGCAGAGGGCACUAGAUCAGUUGAUGGAGGGGGGCUCCUCGUCGUCAGGCCUCAAUCACUCCCACAACCCCACCGUGUACAACAGAGUGCAACAAUUUUCCUCCGCUGCUGGAGUGUAUCCAGGUGAAAAUCAUCAACAUGCAUCAUCAGGUCGUAUUCAACAGCAGCAACAAGGAGGAUCCCGAGUGCAGUUAUUACACCCGCAAGGCCCCAUUAUGGGACGUUCGUCCUACAACGGUGUCAAACCUGGCCCUGGUAGCUCCAACUCCAAUUCUUCUUCCGGCCUACAAAUGGUAGAAAGCUCACUGUCAUCUCCAGGAAGUUAUAAUGGGAAUCGCGUCCUGUCUGGUGAAAGUCGGAGCAGUGAAGAAGUUCAUGCUUCUGGUCUCCAUCAGCACCACCCGCAGUGGUCCCAUACGCAUCAUCAGCAUCAAAGUUCGAGUGUGAUCCACCCCCACAACGACCAACCACCGCCACUGCCCACCUCCAAAAAACCUGGUUCACCGGAAGGAUCAAUGAACACGAUAGGCCUCCCACUACCCUCUGUUCAGAGGGAGAAUGGCGAUGGCUCAUCAGCAACGAUGGAGACAAAUGCAGGAAGCAGCAUCUUGUUGGAAGCGAAUUCUACCGCAAACCCAUCGUCCUGCUCGAAAGUGAAGAGUGAUCAAUUGAAACAAAUUACUACUGACUUGCAAAACAUUGCUCUCUCCGUGGCCGCGGAGCACCAUUUACACAAUAGUGCUAGCAAUAACAGUAAUAAUAACAAGCACCAUCACAGCAGCAGUAGCGAGGAGUGCGAGAAGGGUGGUCCUCAGAGGGUUGGAAGUGGUCAAAGUCACACCACGACGGAUUCCGGUUUGGGCACUGUCAUGCUUACAAAAUCGCCUUUGAAUUCCAACUCGGACCCUGGCGAUCAUGGGCUUGCGGACGGCAGACCAAAUGCGGCCGACAGCUUAUCCUCAGGAAAUGACUCUGAACAAUGGGUUGACUUGGUUGAGCCAGAAAUUAGGCACAUUUUAGAAAUUGAAAGAAAUUCCAAGUCCGGGAAGCCGGGUGGUGGUCGACCUCCGGUAGGAAACGGAUUAAUCAGUGGGGUUUCCACAUCCACCCCUUCAGUCACAAAGCAAUUUCAGCCCGGAGGAGGGAGCAGCAGUGCAACUAUUCCGCAUCAUCCUAGUGGAAAUACUAAUGGUACAAAUACAAAUGCGAUCACAGGAUCAGGCAAAUUACCACAAACAGGACACGGAAUGGCCGACAUUUCUGCUUCUCCUAUCGUUCAUGCCAAAGCCGUUCAUUCUCCGAAACAAUCCCCAAAACUGUCCAAAAACUUUGAUCUCAAUGCGUACAAUGCCAAAAAGACGGUUCGACAAAGUCAAGAACUUCUUUCUGGGCCCAGUACAAGUCAAGCAGCGGCAGGAGCAAUGGCAAACAAAAUUAAGUCACCUCGUGUUCCUGCAAAGGUCCAAAGGUCCAAUUCUGGUGCCGGCGGGCAGCAGCGAUGGCCGAAUAAUCGACCACGAGUUCCUGAAAAGAGUCCAAAGGCAGGAGGAAGUCGACCCAAAGAGUUUACGCAAACUCUAAAAGGUGCCAAAAUUACAAGGAACGCAAUGACCAAAUUAGGCCAGCUUUUGAACUCUCUUCAAGAUGAAACGGGAGAAUUAACGUCAACCACAGGGCUGGACUUUGAGACUUUUGAUGGUCACACGGAGUUCACCACAGAUGACGACGAUCUAAGCACUACAAUUGACACCACUGAUGCUCACGCUAUACGCCGGCAAUUGGAAAGUUUGGAGUCCAUGUAUACGGAGGUGCUGAAAGUUUUAGGAGAAAAGAAAUUUUCAAGAAACCACAAGUAUCCGCCCAACACUGCCGACCUGAGAGCAGCCAAACGGCGUCCUUACGGUAGCAUGUCUUCAUUGCCUAGUUCGGUUAGCAGCAGGCCUUUUCGCGAUAGAAGUCGCAAACUGGAGGACAAGAAGAAAGUCAAGGACUUGAAGAGCAUCAACCGACGCUUCCAAAGAUUAGAGUCACAUGUCGUCACUUUGGCAAGAAGUGUAGCACAUUUGUCCUCUGAAAUGCGAACUCAACAUCUUAUGGUGCAGGAAAUGGAAAGCAUUCGAAACGAAUUGGCAACAUUGCGGAAUCAAGUUGUCAAAAAUAGUGCGCAAUCAGCAUCGCAAAACUUUACAAGAGCUGCCAGUGGACGCCAUGGUGGAGGUCCUUGUGCAAACCAAACUGACUGGACGGCGUUCAGAAAUGCGCUGCCCUCACUCACAAAUCCAUGUCGUGUCAGAAAACUGACGCAAUUCUUCGGGGAUGAACCUCCACUCAUUCGUAUAUUUCUUAAAAAAUUGGGAUACGAAAAAUACGCUUCAGCAUUUGAGCAAGAACGAAUUGGGAUCAUGGAGCUACCUUAUUUAACAGAGGAGAGGCUCAACAAAAUGGGAAUUCCUAUGGGGCCAAGGCUUCGCAUCUUGCAAGAAGCUCAAAUAUGUCUUAAGCCUGGGUAUCAUGGUCAUCAUGAUUCACACCAUCCAUCCAAUAACCACAAUACUGGAAAUCUUAGCGUUUACGUAGUAUAAAGGAUUCAUUCUUAUUUUUUCAAGUGGUGACGCAAACAUAAUUCAUACAUUUGCAGAUUGCACGUGUGCAUAAUAGCACGUAAAUCAUAAUUAAAACUUAAAUUAUUUUAUUGCAAAGUUAGAUUUGAUACAUAAUUAAUUAAAAUAUUUGCACAAUUAAAGGUGUGGACAGAGCUUUAUGAAUUCAUGUUUACAUAUUUUUGUAACUUCUUCUCAAACCUGUCAUAAAUAAAUUAUUUAGUUUAUCUUAUCCGGGUUAGCUUUUGUAUUAAAGUAUAUUUUUUCAUAGGAAGUUACGUUUUUGGCAAAAAUAUUUAUACAAAAAUAUAUGUAUUAUUUUUGUUUUGUGUUGAAUUUUACGUAAAAAUAAACCAAUACUAUUUAUCAAAAA